CCUCUAAAGUGGCUCGUCUAGCAGCCAGUAAACCCGUGGUGAUAGUUUAGCUUGGUCGCGCGCCGCGAAUAAUCGUGUGGAUGCACGCACGCACGAGCGUGACAAACGCGUUAUUUGUCGUUCGUUGGUGAUUGUGUGAAAAUAAAUAAACAGAAGAUUUGAACAGGGUCAGAGUGGUGACCAGAGCAAACGAGGAGGCUCGUCGUCCGUAGGAAUGGCUUCGCCUAACAAGAAGGCCAAGGAGCUGGAGGAUCCAGGCUCGGGCGAGGGCGUCGAGUCGUCCCGCGACUACGACGUCGAGAUACAGAAAACACUCGAGGAGAUCGAUGGCUGUCAGAAUCAGAUCGACGGUUUGAACGAGAAGGCCAGCGACGAGAUCCUCGAGGUCGAGAAGAAGUACAACAAGUUGCGUAAGCCGUACUUCCAGAAACGGAACGACAUCAUCAAGAGGAUACCUAACUUUUGGGUCACCGCUUUUGUAAACAAUAAAGAGAUAGCAGAAAUAUUGGAGGAGGAUGAAGAGGAUGCACUACGUUUUUUAAAUAAAUUGGAGGUAGAGGAGUUCGAGGAUAUAAAAUCUGGUUAUAGGAUUAAUUUUCACUUUGACGAGAACCCGUAUUUUGAGAACGACGUUCUGACCAAGGAGUUUCACUUAGGUUCUUCUGGAGACCCAGCGUCCCAAAGCACGCCCAUACGUUGGAAAGAGGGCGGAGAUUUAACAAAACGAGCAAAGACCAAAGCACCGUUGAAGGGUCGCAAGAGGCCGUUGAAGCACAGAUCGUUCUUCGACUGGUUCACGGAUCAUGGCGAUCCCAGCUCGGAUGAGAUCGCAGAACUGAUCAAAGACGAUAUGUGGCCUAAUCCCUUACAGUAUUAUUUAGCACCAGACAUGGACGUGGAGAAUGGUAUUGAAGGAGAUGGUGAGGACUGUGACACGGAGGAGGACGAAGAAGAGGAAGAUGGCGGCGGAGACGAGGGAGAUGAAGCUGGUGAAGGAGAGGAAGGUGAUGAUAGUAUAGUCGUCGUCGAGGACGAUGUAGACGAGGACGAAGAAGAAGAGGAGGCUGUGAACGACGAGGACGACGGUGUGAACGAGGAGGACGAUCUUCUGGUCGACGACGAAGUGGAUCGCGAAGAUGGUGACGGAGAGGAACCAGAAUAGAAUUGAGAAAUAAUUUUUACACAAGCUCGGUUACACACAGUCUCAUAGACAUUGAACAAGGAAGACCGAAAAUACACAUCAGAUUAAUCGAAAAAUAGAUGAAGUUCGCGGGAGUGAAAGAUAAUCGUGAGCCAUAUGAAUAAAAAAUCCAGCUCGGGGCAACUUCGAAGAACUAGAGAGUUUUUUAACCAGUGGCACCGCGAGGAAGUGUUGUUUUGUAUAAAAAGAAAGGAAAUGGAAAUUCGUGCCGUAACGAGGAUGGGUUGACAAUGACAAACAGUGGUUGACAAUGAGAAAGAGCCGUGGUCCUAUUUAAAUAAUGCUCGGCCGCAGGUCGAUUAUUUUAGAAUCCAUUGAAUCUUCGAGUUUAUAUUAUAUAUUCCAAUGUACCAAUCCUCUGCAAAAGGUUCGUCGGUCAAACGUAAUGUACAUUUAACGAUUUGAUAAUUCUUUUCGUUGUAUUCAUAUGGCCUAGUCACGUUUCCUGUAAUGGCAUUAAAUGUCGAACAAAAGCAUUGGCAGUUGACAAAGUCGUUUACGAAUGAUUACAAGAACGCUUCUUGUUUUCAGUAUCACACAUUUCAUUUUUAUUUAGGAACAUCUUAAAAGCUCUGCCUGUGCCAGUACUUCUGUUCUUUGAACGAGUUACGAUUGUUUUAAGUAAAAUCGUCUACGGGCAACUUUUGUUCCGAUAUUGUAGGUAUAUUUUAUUAUGUAUGUACGGAGUAACCUAUUUCAACUAUUAAUCUGAAAAACUAUUUGGCAUUGUUUUUAAGACGAACGUCGCCUCAUUAUAUGAAUUUUGUCUGGAACAUAAUCGUUUUAAAUUAUAUUACUUUGUAUCUUCAAAUGGGACAUCCUGUAUAACAAACGAGCUGCGUUUCAGGUAUUUUGUAGCUUUUAUCAUUGUCUCAUUAAGAUAAUUUAAUUGAAGUGUAAAUGAUCACGGCUCGCAGUGAAUUUUCGUUACUAUUAGUGUCAUCAUUAUUGUACAAUGACUACAAAGAGUAUUUGAAUAACGUUAUACACAUUAGCAAAAGUUUUGAUAGGCUACAUUGUUUUAUUAUAUUCGUACUACUCAAUUAUAAGUACAGUUAUCCUUUGUGUUUAAUAGAACCCGUUCAAUUAUAUUUUUCUAUUAUUUAUUCGGUUUUAUAUAAAUAAAGUAUAGAAUGUGAAACAAAUACUUUUCUUGUAGCCAUUGAAGGCAGAGGGAAACAGAGAAGCAAAGACUAUUUUAUACAUAAUAUGUGUUUCACAGUAAUUUAAUUUAGCCGUAAGGAAAUCAAGUAUAUGAAUUCAGAUUCUCGAUUAACUCAACUUGUAUAAAAGCAUCUAAAAUCCGAAACGCAAUUCAUGAUAACUGUUUUAGAACUGCUUUCUCUUUAAUAACAAUUACGUUAUUUACACUAUGUAACAUAACAGGUUUGUAUGUUACUUAGCAUUAGGGCUCAGAAUAAUGUUUUUAAAAUUAUGCAAAUCUUAUUGUCCUCUUUUAAACUAUGUAUAUUUUGUCAUAGGGCAAUUUUAAUCAUGUCUUUUAAGUACGGACAUCAUAUUAUACUUUUUUAGUGAUAUUACACGCUAUAAAAUAAAUUUCAUUAUUAUUGUCGUAACAUUAAUGUUUACAUUAAUUGUGGAAGGCCACGACGUGAAUGCGAAGAGGCGAAUUUCCCAGAGAAAAUUAUGUGUAUAUCAGAUCAGAGGAUUGUGCGAACGCGUUUUUCUAAGUACAUUAAAUUAUACCAAAUUACGAUUUA